CCAACUUCAACUUCACUUCUCCGUCGCAAUCUCAUCAACCAGUCCUCACAAACACUUUCGAUCAUCACCAACAACCACUGCAACCAUCAUGUCUGCUUCCACCAACCCAGGAAACUUCGCCAACCGCCCGACCGAAGAGGUCCAAGCCAUCGCUUCCAUGGGCGGCAAAGCAUCUCACGACGCUCACACUUCCGCGGAGGAGAGCCACCCACCAGGCCGCAACCCCGACGGCACAUUCGUCAAGGGCUCGGAAGCUGCAAAGGAAGCUGGUCACAUCGGUGGACUUCACGCUCAUCACAAGACUGAGGAGGAGGCUGACCACGCAGCUGGCCGCAACCCCGACGGCACUUUCACCAAGGGCUCCGAAGCCGCCAAGGAGGCGGGACACAUCGGUGGUCUCCACGCUCAUCACAAGGUCGACGAGAAGAUGGAGCAUCCCACCGGCCGCAACGAGGAUGGCACUUUCGUCAAGGGCUCUGAGGCGGCGAAGGAGGCUGGUCACAUCGGUGGUCUUCACGCUCAUCACUUGAAGGACGUCAACGAGUUGGACGUGCAGGCUGAUGACCACACCGGUCGCAACCCCGACGGCACGUUCAAGAAGGGCUCUGAGGCGGCGAAGGAGGCGGGACAUGUCGGUGGACUUCACGCUCACAACAAGGCCGAGUAGGGUAUUGGCGAUGAGAAAGGCUUCACUGGAAUCAGCACAGGCACGGGAAGUCACAAUGUGGCUCAAGGACUUCGGGGGAAAUUGAAAGAAGGGAACAUUGCGUAGCAGCAUUCUGUAGCAGAUGUAGCCGCCAAAGCCCAAUGACAACAGCGCCGUCCGU